AAUUUUAUUAUAAAAAUCAAAAAUCAUAUGAGAUUAAUAUUUUUUUUUUCAAUAGUAUUUAUAUUAAUUACAAUAUCAACCAAACGCUGUAAUCUUAAAAGUUGAUCUGUCAAAGUGCUUCUACCAUGGCUCUCUCUCGACCCUAUAUUAUUUGGAAAUUAUCCCGAAAGUAUUUUCCAGUACGGUGUCCUAAUAUGCACGGAUCAAGGCUGCAGUCGAAAUACUCAUCGAACGCAGAUUCGUUCCUGAGUGGAGCAAACGCGAAUUUCCUUGAAGCGCAGUAUUUGGACUGGGCGAAAACUAAAGGAGCAAUUGAUUCGACAUGGGACGAAUUUUAUGAUAGUAUCAACGGACCCACGCUGAAAAUAGAAGAAUUCGAAAAUGAGUUUAGUCCGACGUCUAUACCUUUUAAAGAAAAUUCAAAAUCAUCUGCGAAGGAUAAAGAAGCCGAAAGAGAAAAAAUCAAGCUACAUUUAGCAGUUCAAAAUUUAAUAAGAAGUUAUCAGUGUCGUGGCCACCUACUUGCAAAGACCGAUCCCCUGGGCUUGACACAAGGUGCCAGGUUUUUGUUGAAGAACAAAAAUCGGGACAUGAAUGUGAAGGGCGUGGAAUGUCAGAUUGUUGCGAGGGAGCUGGGAACUAUUCUAUGUGAAAAACAUAUGGACAUGGUAUUCGAACUGCCGGACAGAACCUUUCUUGGUGGAAAUGAGACAGCUCUAACGCUCAGAGAGAUCAUACAUCGCCUGGAGAGAGUGUACUGCGGUUCUAUAGGCGUAGAGUACAUGCACGUGUAUGACAUAGAUAGUCUGCAGUUCAUUAGAGAACGCAUCGAGAAGCCUGGCGCUUUCGACAAGACGAAUGAAGAGAAACGGCUCAUAAUGCGCCGUCUCACCAAAGCCGUGUUCUUGGAGAAAUAUUUCGCGACCAAGUGGCCGGCGGAGAAAAGGUUCGGUCUAGAAGGUGGCGAGAGCAUGAUCGUCAUGCUGGAGGAAAUUGUCGACAGUAGCUCCAGGUUGGGUGUGGAGUCUAUAGUGAUAGCAAUGCAACAUAGAGGUCGUUUGAAUAUGCUAGUGAACGUGUGUCGGAAACAAUUGACGGAUAUUUUUGCUCAGUUCAAACCGAUGGAGCCCAAAGAGCCGGGUUCAGGCGAUAUCAAAUACCAUCUAGGCACGUAUAUCCACCGGUUCAUACGUCAGACCAACAAGUACAUUAAAGUGUCUAUGAGCGCCAACCCCUCGCACUUGGAGGUGGUGUCUCCUGUGGUGGUCGGCAAGGCGAGAGCAGAGCAGCAUUGGAAAGGAGACAGUAAUGGUGAUAAGGUAAUGGCAAUAAUAAUACAUGGGGACGCAGCGUUCGCGGGACAGGGCGUGGUGUACGAGACGGCGCACUUGAGCAAUUUGCCCUCCUUCACAACGCAUGGUUCCAUCCAUAUCGUAUGCAACAAUCAAAUCGGAUACACCACGGACCCGAGGUUCGCUAGGAGCUCACCCUACUGCUCAGAUGUGGCCAAGUGCGUAGAUGCACCAGUGCUGCAUGUUAAUGCCGACGACGCCGAGGCAGUGGCCCACGUGGCCCGUGUGGCCAUCGAGUACCGCUGCAAGUUCAAGAAGGACGUGGUCCUCGACCUAGUCUGCUACCGCCGCUUCGGCCACAGCGAGGAAGAUGAGCCGAUGUUCACACAGCCGUUCAUGUAUAAGAAGAUACGAACUAUGGAGACCGUUGAUAAAAUCUAUGGAGCAAAACUGAAAGCUGAAGGAAUAAUAAAUGACGCUGACAUUAAACAAUGGGAGAAAGAGUACAUGGACACACUGAACAAGCACUUUGAACUAGCCAAAAAGAUAACCAAGCUCAGCAUAAUGGACUGGAUCGACACGCCUUGGACCGGGUUUUUCGAAGCCACUGAUCCUAACAAGGUUCAAGAAACCGGCAUAAGCGAUGCGACGAUAUCCACUAUAUCACAGCACUUCUGUAAAUUACCAGAAUCAUCUUUCGAGAUUCACAAGGGUAUUGUUAGAAUACUCGCAAACAGAGAAAAGAUGGUAAAGGAAGGCAUUGCUGACUGGGCAAUGGGAGAAGCGCUCGCGUACGGCUCACUGCUCCGUGACAAGAUACACAUUCGUCUAACUGGAGAAGAUGUGGAGAGAGGCACUAUGGCGCAUAGGCACCAUGUCUACCAUCACCAGGGUGUCGACGGGGCCACGUAUAGGGUCCUCGACACGCUGUACCCUGACCAAGCACGAUAUAGCCUACAUAACAGCUCUCUAUCCGAGUUUGGCAUUUUGGGUUUCGAAGUGGGCUACUCAUACUCGAGUCCAUACCUGUUGACCAUUUGGGAGGCACAGUAUGGUGACUUCGCUGACACCGCUCAGCCCGUCUUCGACACGUUCAUAGCUAACGGCGAGAGCAAGUGGGUCUGUCAGUCCGGUCUUGUGGUGCAGCUGCCGCACGGUAUCGAUGGAGCUGGUCCAGAACAUUCGUCGGCGCGCAUAGAACGCUACUUACAGCAAGCAGACGACGACGAGGACAACAUACCUGACCUUGACGACAAAGAUAUGGUCUUGAAACAACUCCGCGCUGCGAACUGGAUAGUGUGUAACCUGACUACACCCGCGAACUACUUCCACAUGAUCCGACGUCAGAUCGCGUUGCCCUUCCGCAAGCCCGUCAUACUGAUGACGCCCAAAGUUGGCCUCAAGCAUCCUUACUAUAGAUCAAAAUUCGAAGAUUUCCGUAUAGGAACCUCUUUCCAAAGAGCAAUAAGAGAAUCAGGGCCGGCAUCCAAGAAGCCGGAAGGCGUAAAGAAACUUAUAUUCUGCUCCGGAAAGGUGGCCAUCACCAUCAGUGAAUUGGUGAAAGAGAAGAAAUUGGAGGACAAGAUAGCAAUGUGCCGAAUCGAGCAACUAUACCCGUUCCCCUACGAUAUUGUUUUGAAAGAGUACUGCAGAUACGAAAACGCUAAGGUGUUCUUCUGUCAAGAGGAGCACAAAAACCAAGGGCCGUGGCCGUUUGUCAAAGUUCGAUUGGAGAAUCUCUUUGGGAAGAAAAUUGGUUGUAUAUCAAGACCGUCGAGUUCGGCGUCCGCGACAGGCAUCAAAUGGGUUCAUGCGAAGGAGCUCAAAGAGUUAAAAGAGAAAAUUGUUAUGUUAUAGAAUGAAUAUUGUUUUGUAUGUACAAUUUAUGUCGGUACCCACUUACCUAGGUUAAUAAAUUAUA